AUGAAUGCAUCUAAUAAUCAGAGUCAAACACCACCUAUUCAAUCACCAGUAAGUGAUCAAUCUCAUCCAGGAACAGCUCUUGAUCCUGAUGAACAGCAGUUAUUGGACGCUAUUCAUGCACAUCCAAAUAAGCGUGAUCUUGUGCUUAAUCUUCUUCGGCAAAUGAAUGAACCAUCAUUUCCAUCUUCUAUGGAGACUCAUUCGAAUUCAAAUUAUCUUAAUCAACAACAAAACCGAACAGAAACACCAACUUAUUCAAAUUCAUACCGACCACAUCCAAAUAUGGAUCAAUGA